UCCUACCUUGAGAAUCUCCUCGUGGGGUGUUUUGUGCGGAGGGCAUAAAUUCACUCCGUCGAUUGAACCAAGUCGACCUGCCUCCGUGCUCGACACCAGCUCCUCGGCACAGCUCGGAUUUUGCGGGCAGCCAUGUUCGGAUUUUUCGGGCAGCGUAACGACAACAAGACGCCGCCCAGAAAGAACGCGAAUGCUCGAGCCGCGGCUGGUACCAAGAAACCGCGAACCUCGGGUGCUGACGUGGCAUCGGGGGGAGACGCCACAUCGGAAGGAAGCGAUGUGGGGAGCAUCUUAAGCGAAUUAGGUAUUUCGAUCGAUGACGGCGCCACCGCGGACUCUAUGCGCGCGCAGGCCAAGGAGCAGCGCGCCAAAUCUGCCGCCAUGCGCGAAGCGGGGCUGUACGCGCGCGCGCAGAAGGCGGUAAAAGCCGCGCGGGAGCUGGAGAAGCGCGCCAAGGACAAAGAGGAGUCCGCCGCAAUCGCCGCCGCGCUUUCCGCAGCUUCCAGGGAAGCGGAAGCGAUAGCAGGGGAAGCGGUGGCGCGCGGAAACGUGUUACGCGCAGCCGCUGGGGCGCGCGGGGCGGGCGGAAGGCGCGUGGCGGAAACGAGAUCCCUCGAGGCGGAGGCGGAGGUCCGAUUCGCGGAGAAGGGGAAGGCGGCGAGGGCGGUUAAAUCCGGAUCUGCUGGCGCCAGAGCAGGGGGGGAGCGCAAGAGCGCGGCGGCGGAGGGAGUAAAAGCGGAGCGGAAGGGCCUAGCGCGGCUGCAGGCGGGGGGGGACGACGACGGGGAGCUCAUGGCGCAGCUCCGCGAGAUGGGUUGGGCGGAGCCAGCAGGGGGGAAGGGCGGAGCGGGCGGAGGCGGUGGAGACGGGCUUUUGGCGGGGCUUGAUGACGUGGAUGGCGGGGGGGAGGAGGACGAGGUAAGCGCGGCGCGAGAAGCGGCAGAAGCGCAGGUGUUGGAGUUAAAGCGCAAGGCGCGGCAACUUAAGGGGCAGGGGCAGGUUCAGGAGGCGCUAGCGGAACUAAGAAAGGCUAAGAAGCUCGAGAAAGAAAUAGAAGACGGGUCGUUCUUAUUAGGGUUAGCGGACGGAGGGGAGGGGGGGCAUGACGACGAGGAGAAGAGAUUAUUAGCCAGUCUUGGGCUGACAAGUGUUGAUGACGUGGCACUUGUGGAGGAGACGGAUUUAAGGAUGGGGGGGAUGGGGAGAGGUGGUGGGGGUAUGGGCGGUAGGGGGGGAGGGGGAGCGGAAUUAGACCUUGCACAGAUUAUGUCUAUAAUUGCUGGGAUAGGGGAGGAGGAUGAGGAGGAGGGGGAGGUAGGGGGUGCACAGGGGUUGGGGAUGGGUGGGGCUGCUGCUGGUGGGGGGAGGAAGGGGGGAGGGAGGGGAGGGGGUGACUAUAUGGGGGGUGCUUAUGACGAUGGGGAGUGUAUGGAUGAUCUAAGAGCCCUUGGAUGGGAGUCGGAUGAGGAAGGGGAGGAGGGAGAGGGAGUGAGAGAGGGAGAGGGAGAAGGAGAGGGGGACGGAGAGGAGGAGGAGGAGGUGGAUAUCGCAGCAUUGCAAGCGGAGGCGUUGGAGUGGAAGAGGAAAGCGCUGGGCUUUAAGAGAGAGGGGCGUAUGGGGGAGGCCAUGGCGGCUUUAAAGCAGGCCAAGGGGCUAGAGGCGCGGAUAGAGGCUGCUAUAGUGCUGGCAGCAGGAGGGGCGUCCAUGGGGCGCGAUGCUGGGUCAACCGCAGGGCUAGCAGGAGUGGCAGCGGCAGCUUCAGUGGCCGCAGCAGCAGCAGCACAAGCACCGCCAGCGCCAGUGCCAGUAGCGCCACCAGCAGCAGCACCAGCAGAAGCAGGAGCAAGAGUGCCAGUAGCAGUGGCAGGAGCAGCAGGAGGGGGAGCCGGAGCAGGCAAGCCAGCAGCAGCAGCAACACCACCGGCAGCAGCAGCAGCAGCAGCAGCAGCAGCGCCAGCAGCUUUGGAGGAUAUGGACGAGAGAAUCCGUGCGAUACUAAUGAGUGGUGAUGAUGACGAUGAUGAUGAUGUUGACUAUGAUGGUGGUGAUGUUAAUGAGGGGGAUGGGGAUGGGGACGAGGACGAGGACGAGGACGAUCCAGACAUGCUCGCUGCCCUUGCUGCUGCGGGGUGGGUGGGAGAAGAGGUGAGCAGAGAGGGGGAGAAGGAGGAGGAAGAGAAGGAGGAGCAGGAAUCAGAGGAGACAAGCCUUGCCGCCCGGGAGCCGGAAACUGCCGAGGAACUUGAGGCGGCAGCUAGGGAGUGCAAGCUGGCAGCAGUGGGGCUGAAGAGGGAGGGGCGGCUGGGGGAAGCCAUGGAUAAACUGAAACAGGCCAAAGGGCUGCAGGCUCGGGCGGAUCAGGCUCGGGCGGAUCAGGCUCCUGUAGGCCAGGCUCCUGCAGACCAGGCUCGGAUGGAAGAGGCUCGGGUGGAAAAGGUUCGGGAUGAAGAGGCUGAUUCGCCCGAGGAAGUGAAGUGCGGGAGGGGCGAGGAAUCACGAGACGUCAUCGGGGGUGACGUGGGUAGUGGCAGUGGUAGUGGCAGUGGCAGUAGUGGCAGUGGCAGUGGCAGUGGCAGUGGUUUUGGUGCUGGUGGUGGGGGUGCUGCUCCUGCUGCUGCUGGUGCAGAUGCCAGUCAGUUUGGUGGCGGCAGUGGUGGUGACCCAGAUAUUGUCAUUGGUGGCGGUGGUGGUGGCGGUAGUGGUGGCGGUAGUGGUGGUGGUAGUGGUGGUGGUAGUGGUGGUGGUAGUGGUGGUGGUAGUGGUGGUGGUGCAGCUACCAGUCAGUUGGGUGCAGCUGUGGUUGCUACCAGCAUGACACCUGCUGUUGCUGCCUUGAUCACUGCCAUGCGACUGCAGCAGCAGCAGCAGGAGCAGCAGGAGCAGCAGCAACCGCAGCCGCAGCAGCAGGAGCAGCAGCAACCGCAGCAGCGAGAGCAGUUGAUAGCAGCAUCAAGGAGCAAGGGUGCAGCAGAGGAGGGUCUUGUGGGCAGGGUAACCGCAGCAGCAGGAGAAAUGCCUACCACAGCAGCAACAGAAGCAAUAGCAAUGGCACCAGCAACAGCAACAGCAACAGAAACCGCAGCAGUAGCAACAGCAGCAGCAGCUAGCUCAAGCAGCAAGAACGAGCUGGAGGCUGAAUUACAGGCAUGCAGGCGAAGGGCCGUGGCUUUCAAGAAGGAGGGCAAGCUGGGGGAGGCGUUAUCUGAGCUCAAGAAAGCCAAGGCGAUCGAGAAACAGCUAGCUGAGACAGGUGGUAACCGCAGUGGCAACAGCAGUGGCAACAGCAUUGGCAACAGCAGUGGUAACAGCAGUGGUAACAGCAGUGGUAACAGCAGUGGUAACAGUGGGUCUGCCGCUCUUGCUGCUCCUUCGGCUUCUCCUGCUGCUACUACUGCUGCACCUGCUGCUGUGCUUCCCAAGAAGGCACCAACACCCCAGCGACGGCCCCCUCCUCCCCUUCCUCCUUCCUUCAUGAGUCUUGGCUUAGGGGAGGAUGAUGAUGAUGACGAUGAUGAUUUGGGUAUAUUUGACGCUGCUCUUAUGGCAAACCUCCGCAGCCUCGGGCUCGCCGGACCUGCCCCGGGCGGCCGCCAGGCCAGCCAGCCUGCCUCGGCCAAACCUGCCCCCGCCAAGCCUGCAGCAACGGCAGCAGCACCGUCGAAACCAGCAGCAGGCGCUAAACCAGUGGCGUCAGCUCCAGCACCAGCAGCCAAACCAGCUGCUGUUGCUGCUGGUGGCAGUGGGAGUGGGAGUGGGAGUGUGAGUGGGAGUGCGAGUGGGGGUAUGUCAUUGCAGGAGCAGGUGUUGGAGCAGAAGAGGAGAGCGGUUGACCUGAAGAGGGCUGGAGACAUGGCGGGUGCCUUGGCGGCUCUCAAGCUGGCCAAACAGCUGCAGGCGCAGAUGGGUUGAGUGCGGUGACGAUGGGUUUCUAAGCAAGGGGAGAGAGUACGUUGCAGGAGCAGGAUUGGAGCAAAAGAGGAGGGCGGUCAAGCUGAAGAGGACUCGUUCUAGGGAAGGGAAGGAGUGGCAGCAGCAGGUGUGGAGCAGAAGAGGAGGGCAGUCAAGCUGAAGAGGGCUGGAGAUACCGGUAUGAUGGAUGGCCUGGCUGCUCUCAAGCUGGUGAACAGCUGCAGGCGCAGAUGGGGUGAGUGCGGUGCUGUGGUGUUCUAGGGAAGGGAAUGGGAGCAUGGGAUGUGUGUGCUGGUUGGUUGGUUGGUUUGUUUUCAUGAAACAUCCAGUAGGGUACUACCAGGUA